GAAUCGGUCUCCGAAAUGCGACGAAGUCCGACAACGGGCCGAUAUGUAACGGAUGACGACCGGGGACGAUGGGCCUUGCAGUGCUGUUUCCGGACCCCAGCAUCCCCGCCGCCUCCUUGUCCUCGGCCUCUCCAUCCUGCCCUUCCCUGAACAGCCGCAGUGCUUGCUUCUUCUCCGCCGGCUGAGUGACGCAAUCCCUCCAUCACCCAUCCAUCCAUCCAUCCAUCCUCCGCCCUCUUUCUUCGGCAGCAUCGGAGGAGGCAAAGGAUGAGGCAUCGCUGCCUAUGGGAUUGCUGGGGGUCCUCUCUUUCCUCCAAAACAACAUCUUCGCGGAGGAGUCCAUGGCGGAGCUGAAGAUGCCCGGUUGCCUGGCCUCUUACGACCAACUGGUGCGGCAGGUGGAGGCCCUGAAGACGGAGAACACGCACCUGCGGCGGGAGCUGGAAGACAACUCCCUGCACCUCUCCAAGCUGGAGAACGAGACCUCCGGAAUGAAGGAGGUCCUGAAGCACCUACAAGGCAAGCUGGAGCAGGAGGCCACGGCCAUGGUGUCUUUGGGCCAAAUGGAGGUCCUGGAUCAGCUGAAAGCUCUCCAGAUGGACAUCACCAGCCUGUACAACCUGACGUUCCCCCCUCCGCCAGCACCAGCCCCUCCGCCCUGCGUCCCCGAGGAGAGUGCGGCCCACUCGGUGACCCUCCAGCGGAAAGACAGCCUGGGGGAGCUCAGCCGGGCCACCCUCCGGAUUCUGGAGGAGCUUGACAGGGAGAGGUGUUUCCUGUUGGGCGAAAUUGAAAAAGAGGAGAAGGAGAAGCUAUGGUAUUACACUCAACUGCAAAGCCUUUCCAAGAGGUUGGAUGAGUUGCCGCACGUCGAGACGUUCUCCAUGCAAAUGGACCUGAUCCGACAGCAACUGGAGUUUGAAGCCCAGCACAUCCGGACUCUCAUGGAGGAGCGUUUUGGGACGACGGACGAAAUGGUGCAACGGGCGCAGAUCCGCGUCUCUCGACUGGAGCAAAUCGACAAGGAGCUGAUGGAGGCACAAGACAAAGUGCAACAGUCUGAGACUCCGCUCAGUGGGAAACGUUCGGACGGAGACGACAACGCCCUGGAGAUCCCAACACAUCCCGAAGAAGAAGAAGCCGAGGACCAGCCGGGCGGCAGCAAGGUGGAGAUGGUCUUCUGGCUGCUCUCCAUGCUGGCCACCCGGGACAAGGAGGACAUGUCUCGCACCUUGCUGGCCAUGUCCAGCUCCCAGGAGAGCUGCCUGGCCAUGCGCAAGUCGGGAUGCCUCCCGCUCCUGGUCCAGAUCCUGCACGACGCCGACCGGGGACCCGGAGCCCCCCAGAGCCCGGGGGCGGCCGGGAAGGACUGCCGCAUGCGGGCCAACGCCGCCCUCCACAACAUCGUCUUCUCCCAGCCGGACGAGGGGCAGGCCAAGAAGGAGAUGCGGGUGCUGCACAUCCUGGAGCAGAUCCGGUCCUAUUCGGAGACCUGCUGGGAUUGGCUCAAGAUGCAGAACCGGGACGCCGGCAAGAGCCCCGAUGGGGCAGCAGGUCCGGUCCCCAUUGAGCCCCAAAUCUGCCAAGCGACUUGCGCCACCAUGAAGCUCUCCUUUGAUGAAGAUUAUCGCCACGCCAUGAACGAACUGGGGGGUCUCCAAGCCGUCGCUGAGCUGCUCCAAGUGGACUACGAAAUGCAUGGCGCAACCCAGGACCCGCUCAACCUGGCGCUCCGGCGCUACACCGGCAUGGCUCUCACCAACCUCACUUUCGGUGACGUUGUCAACAAGGCCGCCUUGUGCUCCCGCCAAAGGUGCAUGCAGGCCAUUGUGGCUCAACUGGCCUCGGACAGCGAGGAGCUGCACCAGGUGGUGUCCAGCAUCCUGCGAAACCUCUCCUGGAGAGCCGACAUCAACAGCAAGAAGGUUCUUCGCGAAGUGGGCAGUGUCACUGCCUUGAUGCAAUGCGCCUUGCGGGCCGCCAAGGAAUCCACACUCAAGAGCAUCCUCAGUGCGUUGUGGAAUCUGUCGGCUCACAGCACCGAGAACAAAGCGGCCAUUUGCGGGGUGGAGGGGGCCCUCGGCUUCCUGGUCAGCACCCUCACCUACAAGUGCCAGACCAACUCGCUUGCCAUCAUCGAGAGUGGGGGAGGCAUCCUCCGAAACGUCUCCAGCCUCAUCGCCACGCGGGAAGACUACCGGCUGAUCCUGCGGGACCACAGCUGCCUCCAGACGCUGCUCCAGCACCUGAAGUCCCACAGCCUCACCAUUGUCAGCAACGCGUGUGGCACCCUUUGGAACCUCUCGGCCCGCAGCUCCAAAGACCAGGAGCUACUGUGGGACCUGGGGGCGGUCAGCAUGCUCCGCAACCUGGUCCACUCAAAGCAUAAGAUGAUCGCCAUGGGCAGUGCGGCCGCCCUCCGCAACCUCUUGGCCAACCGGCCCCUCAAGUACAAGGACGCCAUGGUCAUCUCGCCGGGCUCCUGCAUGCCCUCGCUGUACAUGCGGAAACAGAAGGCGCUGGAAGCCGAGCUGGACGCCAAGCACUUGGCCGAGACCUUUGACAGCAUGGAGAAGCAGACGCUGAAGAGCCAAAGCUCCAAGAAGCCCAUGCGGCACAUCGACAGCUUGGCCAAGGACUAUGCUUCCGAUUCGGGGUGCUUCGACGACGACGAGGUGCCCAAUGUCUCCAGUAGCGUGGAAACGGGCAACGCGUCGGUCCUCUCCAUGUUCCUUAACAACAACUUUCUCCAAGGCCAGGCGUCGCCAAGGGCUGUUGCCCAAAGGAGAGGCCCGGAACCGGAAAAGGAUGAAAGCGGAAAGCCGACAGAAGUCAAAAAGGUCCCGCCAGUCCUCCUGCCCUCGGACAACGAAGUCUCCAUGGCGGCCGAGAAACUGGCCAAAAAGAUCUCCACCACGGUAGCUAAGAUGGAUAAGCUGGUCGAAGACAUCUCCACCCUCCAUACUUCCUCCGAUGACAGUUUCAGUCUCAGCUCGGAGGACCAUUGUCUUGACUGGCAGUAUGUUUCCGACGAGGUCCAUGAAGCCCGCGCUCAGUCGUGCUCCCCGUGCCGGUUGUCCGACGCCGGCAGUUUCGUCAAACGGGAAGAUCUAAGCCGGGCUCACCCACUUUUACGUCUUAAGACGGCCUACACCAGUUUGUCCAAUGAUAGCCUCAACAGCGGAAGCACCAGCGAUGGCUAUUGCACCAAGGAGCACAUGAAGCCAUGCGCGAGAACCACCUUCGUGGACUUCAAGGAUGAAUUACACCGCUAUCAGAAACGGCCCAGCCGGCUCGACUUGAAGAACAUCCUGAUGAACCGGCCGGAGAAGAUGGAACAGCCGGCGAAGAAACUUCCAGAGUCUGGAGAGGUGGCGGAGAAACCGGAACUUCUUGAGAAGUUCAAGAAAGCUACGGUUCCACCGGGAAGAAUGGUUGCCGAGAAAGAAAAGGAAUGCGAGAAAAAAGAGCCAAGGAAUGAACUCGAUGCUGAUCCAAAGGUCCACACCAUUAAGCUCUCCCCAUCAUACCAACAUGUCCCCUUCAUGGAAAACGUGGACAGUGGCAUCAUGGGGCAGUCGGGAGGCAAAUCUUAUUAUUCCAUUUUGUCGGAACAGCUCAAUAAGAUUCCGGAGAAGCUCCCAGUCCAGACGGCAGGACAAGGAGAACCGGAGCAGCUGCAGAAAUAUUCUGUGGAGGACACUCCAAUUUGCUUCUCCCGAUGCAGUUCCCUCUCAUCUCUUUCCUCGGCUGACAACGUCCUGGAUGGGCAAAGCGAGAACGAGAUGGACAGCGACUCCUCUUUGGAGAUACUUGAAGUAGAACAAGUGGACGAACCCCACAAGGAAGAUGAGAAGGUCCAAAGGGAGGUGGAGCUCCUCCCGGCUGUCUCGCAGCCCAUCUCCAUCCCCUUCCCCAAGAAAGAGAAGAUGUUCCUUCAAGGAGCAUCGCCAUCCCGACUUGACGACUUGACCCCGUCCAGCUCCUCCGAGAACUACAUCCAGGAAACGCCUUUGGUUAUGAGCCGUUGCAGUUCGGUCAGUUCCUUGGGCAGUUUCGAGAGUCCUUCCAUUGCCAGUUCGAUCCAAAGCGAGCCCUGCAGUGAAAUGGUUAGUGGUACCAUCAGUCCAAGCGAGUUGCCCGACAGUCCUGGUCAAACAAUGCCCCCGAGUCGCAGCAAGACACCUCUCUUUGAACUGAGUGGCCAACCAGAGAAGGAGGCCAGCCAGUUCAACAUCCAGUGGGAGAACAACGUCAAGAAGUUCAUGGAGAUCACCGACUUCAAGGAACGUUUCCAGAUGCCCCAAGACCUGGACUCCAUGGUCUACUUCACCGUGGAGAAACCCAACGAGAACUUUUCCUGUGCCUCCAGCUUGAGCGCAUUGCCCCUCCACGAGCACUAUGUCCAAAAGGACGUUGAGCUGAAACUGAUCCCGCCGUUCCCGGAAAAGAACGGCUUGAGCUUCAUGGCCCAUGACAAGAGAGAAGAAGAGAGGGUCAUGGAGAGCCAGAGGAAGCCGGAAAGACUCGAGUUGACCUCGGACGAGGAUAUCGAGAUCUUGAAAGAAUGCAUCAAUUCGGCCAUGCCGUCCCGUUUCCGGAAGGUCCACACGUCUCUCGUCUCGGGACAGAUUUUGCACUCGCAGUCCAAGAAAUCGAUGCAACUUCCCCUCUACAUGCUGGUCCCGGCCAAUUCCCAUAAUUUGGGCAUCGCCAAGCAUAGACGGGCUGCUGUUGCCCAACACAAAAGUUAUGUCGGCGCCGAGGAGGAUUCCUUCACCGACUCCGCCGAAGGGACUCCGGUCAACUUCUCCAGCGCUGCUUCCCUGAGCGAUGAGACUCUUCAGUACCCGAUGAAGGAGGAAGCGGAGUCGAGACGAAGGAGGGAAUUGACCGGAAGCAAGAUGGAGGCCAGGCAGCGUGAACGAGGAGGCCCUUUCGCCGGGAAACUGACCUCCAGCCACUCGACGCCAACCAAAAUGGUUUCCUCUUGUAAAUACAGGACUGGGUCGAACCACACCAGCCCACUUCACACAGGCCGGGCCCAGUCCGCCGAGUCCAGGAGAGGACGCGUUCCUCUCAAGAACUUGGAGCUGCCUCUCGUGAAGCACGGCAGUCUGAGGGCGUCUUCGGAGGGAAACCGUUCCCGGAAGGAAGUCAGCGGGCACGACGACAUGGUUUUCCCGUCCUUCUGUCACACCACGCCGACCGAAGAGGCGGUUUACUGUUUCUACGAGAAUGACUCCGACGGCCCGACAGAGGUGAAGAAUUCACCCAAGAGGAAAGCCAGCACUGCUGGGAAAGGGCCAAAGAAAGAGUGUUGGGUGGCCAAGAGGGAACCGGAGAUCACUUCCAGGCCGCAACAUCCUCAGACGAAAACCAAGAUGCGCAGCAACCUCAUUGUGGACGAGACCCCGCCGUGCUAUUCCCUCAGCUCUUCGCUCAGCUCCCUCAGUGACUUGGAGGUCUACAACAACGGCAACCGGGGUCUCCGCCGACCACUGGCCCUCGCCCGCCGGCACGAUUUGAGAGCGGCCUUGAUGAAAAGGAGAGACAGUUCGGCCAGUUCCCUCAGUUAUAAUUCGGAGGAUGAUCUCCUGCAGAAGUGUAUGGGCUUGGCCGUGCCCAAAAAGAGACGGCACUCGGCGAAGAGGCGCAAUGCCGACAAGGAGCGGAAGGGACUCAGGGCCAAGGAGUGGAAGUCGGAGGCCAUGCUGGACGAAGGAAGAGCCUCGGACCUGGACAGCGUGGACUGGAAAGCCAUCCAGGAAGGAGCCAACUCCAUCGUCACGUGGCUCCAUCAAGCGUCCUCUUCCUUCAGGAGAGAGCCGUCCUCAGAAUCGGACUCCAUCCUCUCCUUCGUGUCCAGCCUUUCGGCCAGCUCUCCUCUGGAGCUGUCUCUGGACAGGAAAGAUAAGAAGAGAGGGAAGAAAUGCUUAGAGAAGAAGGAGCGUCCCAAAGCUUUCCAAGAUGGGAAGAAGCAGGUAGAAACCAGAAUGUCCAAUACUAGGAACGGGCAGCCAGAGAAAAACGCAGGGCAGCAGACACCGCUGACUAACCUACCGGUAGUCUUCCGUGGCCGAACGGUGAUCUACAUGCCCAAAGUGUCCAAGGAAUCCCAGGUGCAGAGCCCCAGGUGUACCCCUAAGAAGACCGGGCCCAUAACCAAGACCGAGUCCCCCCUGAAGAACGGAAAUCUGAACCAGCAGAGGUCCCGGAGUCUCCACAGGCCGGGAAAGAUUUCCGAGAUCGCGGACCUUUCCUUGCCCAAACGGAGUGCGACGCCUCCUGCCCGCAUGACCAAAGCUCCUUCGUCGGGAUCGUCCAGGACGUCCACGCCGUCGCAGCCCAACCAAAAGAAGCUCACGUCACCAUCGCAACCGCAGGCAUCGUCUCGCGGCAGUGGGAAGGCAGAUUCGAGCUCCAGCUCCCCUGGUGCCAACCCCAAACCGGUCCAGAAGUCGCCCGCCUCGAAGCAAAACAAAACACAGAAAUCCCCUGUCCGCAUCCCCUUCAUGCAGAAACCUGCAAAGAAGACUAUCCUGAUGAGGAACACCAUGCCCGUGUUGGAGGAACAAGUGGGGCGUGGCACGGGCAGAGACCCCAGACCCAAGAGUAACGUCAAAGGCACCCUCCAGUCCAGCCGGCUCAAUUUGGUCCGGGUCUCUUCGGCGAGAUCGGUCAGCGGCGAGUCCGACCGCUCAGGCUUCCUGCGGCAGUUGACGUUCAUCAAGGAAUCCUCCACUCUUCUCAUGCGGCACCGCACCGAGCUCUCCUCGUCCUCGGCGCCCAGGGCGUCCUCUCCCUGCUCCUCGCUCUCCCAGGGCGCUUCUCCUCGGAGAGGUAGACUCGGCCUCCCGACGGUAUUCCUCUGCUCAUCCCGGUGUGAUGACCUCAAGGCGGAGAAGCCUCUGGGCGCAAGUCAACGGCCCGUCAUCCCUCGGGGGACUCCCGUUGGGACCAAGCCUCCGAGGCGAACCAGUUCGGAAAGCCCUUCCAGACUCCCGGUGAAAACAAACAACCUCCCCCCAGAGCCCUUCAAGCGUUAUUCUUCAUCGCCUCAGAUUAACGUCACCAAGCGGACCGCCAGUCCGGCAUCCACAGUGCCGUGUUGUCCCGAAUCGCUGGCCGCGAGGAAGAAGAGCGAGGAGGGCCUGAAACUACCAGUGGUUCCCGCUCCGGGGAUUCCAGGAGAAUCACAUCAACGCCAACCACAACAGCAGCCAUCCAUGGUGAGGGGGACGUGGAAGAGAAUCCGUGACGAAGACAUCCCCCAUAUUCUGAAGAGCACGCUCCCGUCCACCGCGCUGCCGCUGGUCAACGCCUGGCUGGAAGAAGCGGACCAGCAGUCCCAGAGGAAGACGAGCGACGCUGUGGUCCAAACAGAAGACUUCCACACCACCAAGACCAACUCCAGUACCUCGCCAACUCUGGAGAUGCCCAAAAUCUCCUCUGAGGGAUGCGCUGCAGCGUUACCCCUCUCUUUAACCCACGAAGGGCCCGUCAGCUCCCUGGGGAACUUCCCGCCCAGCAGGCACGGCUCGCCCAGCCGUGCCGCACGGGUGACCCCUUUCAACUACACCCCGAGCCCCAUGGCGGAGCCGCCGGUCAGUGACAAACAGGCGGAGAAGGUGGACGUUUGACAGCCCAAACGGUUGCCGGGACGGACUUCGCCGUAUUUCCAUCCCAAGGACGAAUUGGGAUGCCGGGUGUUAACGAACAAUAUUUAUUCCCUUUCUUUAUAUAUUUUGGAACUCACUGGGGGAGCUGUGGAUGGAUCCCCGCUCCCAAUAGAUAUCGUCAGGUGUGUGAUGCAACCUGUCCGCACUGUUUUGCUGGCAGUGGUGCUACAUCGGAAAAGUUGGAGGGAGGAGGACAACGUCAAGAGGAGCGUUUCUCCCAGACUCAGACGUUUGGAUACAGGGUUCUUCCAGGAGCGAAACCUUUUGGAUCCACGAAUUUGAUGUGAUACUGGUACUUUGGAUUUCCACAUUUCCACCCGCGGAUGACGUCUGUUUCGUCGUGAAUUUUGUACGAAAUCGGCCAGGCAAUCGCAUUGUGGGCGGACGAGACAUCUAGUCGGACAAGAACGGCUCGCUUUCCCGACUGAGCGAUUCCAGAUCUGAAAUGAAAAAGUUGCGACUAUCAAGAGUUUCCGGUUACUUUUUCUUUUUGAAAUUAUCCAGAUUCCAGUCGGAGCAGGAAAGUGCUUUAGCCAUAGGAGCAAUAUUACACUCGUCGAGCACUAAGAUAGUUUUGAUUUUCUGCAAAUAUGCCCCUUUCCCAUUGGUUCCAUGUCCUGGAAACAAUUGUUUGGGUUCCUUACUGAAGUAUGAGCCAAGUACAUCUAUAUGUCUAUAUACAAGAGACUCUCAGUUAACCGUAACUCAUCUGGAUUAGUAGAUGGCAGAUGAUGAUGAUGUUUAUUUAUACCCUUCUUUUUCUCGCCACCAGAAGACUGAAAGAGAUCAAUGUCUUUUUUGGUUACUUGAUAGUUACUGAUUAACAAUAGGUCUAACCCAGUGAUUCCAGGGGGGCGGUGAUGGCACCUAUUAGGACACAGGGGUGGGGCCAGGAGAGGGGCGUGGCUUCUUCCCAAGAGCCUGAGACAGGGCUGAGCAUCUAUACCUCUCUUGAGGCGCUUGUUUGGACACAGUGGGCGGAGCUAGGAAAGGGGGCGGGGCCUCUUCCCAAGAGCAUGAGAUAGGGCUGAGCCUCUAUAUUUCUCCUGAGAGGUCUUUUAGGACUAAAGGGCGGGGCUAGGGGUGGGGGCGGGGCCUCUUCCCAAGAGCAUGAGACAGGGCUGAGCAUCUAUACCUCUCCUGAGAGGUCUUUUAGGACUAAAGGGCGGGGCUAGGGGUGGGGGCGGGGCCUCUUCCCAAGAGCCCGAGACAGGCCUGAGCAUCUAUACCUCUUCUGAGGCGCUUGUUUGGACACAGAGGGCGGAGCUAGGGAAAGGGGCGGGGCCUCUUUCCAAGAGCUCGAGAUAGGGCUGAGCCUCUAUACCUCUCCUGAGAAGUCUUUUAGGACUAAAGGGCGGAGCUAGGGGUGGGGGUGGGGCCUCUUCCCAAGAGCCUGAGAUAGGGCUGAGCCUCUAUAUACCUCCCUUGAGGCGCUUGUUAGAACACAGGGGUGGGGUAUAGAGCUUCAGCCCUGUCAGGCACUUGGGAAGAGGCCCCGCCCCCUCCUCUAGCCCCGCCCCCUGUGUCCUGGCAGGUGCUGCAGGACAGGGGUAGAUGCUCAGCCCUGCCUCAGAGCUCGUAAUUCCGCCCAUCACAAUCCUGGCCACCCAUUUGUGGCCCCGCCCCCCUCCCCCUCCCGGGCCUACAUCUUGGACUAGGGGAGAGACUCAGCCCCGCCCUCUUGACCAGGAGCCACACCCACUCUUCUAAGCCACGCCCCCCUUUCCAGGGGCCAUUGAGUCAUAUUUUUUCUGGAAAGGGGGUGGUAGGCCAAAUAAGUUUGGGAAUCACUUGUCUAACCAAUACUGUACCAUACCAUAAACUCUGUAUUGAUAUUUAUUUUAUUUAUUUACAGUAUUUAUACCCUGCCCUUCCUACUAUUAUUAAUUAUUACCUUAUUGUUAUUAUUAUUAUUAUUAUUGCAGAACUUAGGCGAUCCCUUGUUGUCCGAGUGUGAUGGCCUUCCAUGUGUAGUGUCUUGGGGGUGGAUACAUAAGUGACAGUAGAGCCCUAUUCUUCACCCGCAUGUUCUUCCAGAGUGAGAACUUCGGAGGUGGAAGGUGGCCCCGGUCAGGGUUGACUUGACGCAUCUUACUUUUGGCAUGUCACAUUCGUGCAUCUUCAUAUUCCACACUACUGCUGGUCACAACUGACCUCCAGUUAGAGCGCUCAAGGGCCAGGUCUUCCCUGUGUCUGUGCCACAGUCUUUAAGGUUAGCUUUAAGCCCAUCUUUCAAUCUCUUUUCCAUUUUCCAUUCUUGAGUUGGGAGUAGAGUAACUGCUUUGGGAGACAGUGAUUGGGCAUUCGGACAGCAUGGCCAGUCCAGCGGAGUUGAUGGCGUAGGAGCAUCACUUCAGUCCUGGUGGUCUUUGCUUCUUCCAGCACGCUGACCUUUGUCCGCCUUUCUUCCCAAGCGAUUUGCAGGAUUUUUCAGAGGCAACGCUGAUGGAAUCGUUCCAGGAGUUGAGUGUGACGUCUGUAGACAGUCCAUGGUUCGCAGGCAUAUAACAGGGUUCGGAGGACACUCGCUUUCUCAACAAGCACCUUGGCAUCCCUACGGAUGUCCCGAUCCUCAAACACUGCUUCAUUCGGAAGAAUGCUGUACUCGCAGAGCUCAACACUCAUUCGGAAGAAUGCUGCACUCGCAGAGCUCAACACUCAUUCGGAAGAAUGCACUCACAGAGCUCAACACUCAUUCAGAAGAAUGCUGCACUCGCAGAGCUCAACACUCAUUCGGAAGAAUGCUGCACUCGCAGAGCUCAACACUCAUUCGGAAGAAUGCUGCACUCGCAGAGCUCAACACUCAUUCGGAAGAAUGCUGCACUCGCAGAGCUCAACACUCAUUCGGAAGAAUGCUGCACUCGCAGAGCUCAACACUCAUUCGGAAGAAUGCUGCACUCGCAGAGCUCAACACUCAUUCGGAAGAAUGCUGCACUUGCAGAGCUCAAGUGGUGUUGUAUCACAGUGUUGAUGUUGACUUUUGUGGAGAAGUGGCUGCCUUAUGAGACCAUCUAGAUGGUCUUUGAGUGUCUCUUUCCUUAUCUAUGGUCUUCUGAUGGCCUGAUGAAAUCAUCUAGAUGGCUUUUGAGGGUCCCAUUCCUUACCGAUGGUCUUGUGAGACCAUCUAGAUGGUCUUUGAGGGUCCCGUUCCUUAUCUAUGGUCUUCUGAUGGCCUGAUGAGAUCAUCUAGAUGGUCUUUGGAGGUCCCUUUCCUUACCUAUGGUCUUAUGAGACCAUCUAGAUGGUCUUUGGAGGUCUCUUUGUUUACCUAUGGUCUUAUGUUAGGGUUGACUUAAAUCUGAAACGACUUGAAGGCACACAACAACAAUCACAUUCGCAAUCUGAGGGACUGUCAAUCGGCCCUCCACUUAAAAAGUUCGAGGACCCCUGUACUAUAGGAUACAAGCUGGUUUUGCUGCAUUAUAAAAACACUAGCUGUGCCCGGCCCCGUGUUGCUGUGGCUAGGACUUAAUUUUUCUUUUCUUUUUGUUGUAUGAACCUAGAGGCGUGGAUGAGAGGUUGUGCUGUCCAUUUUCGAGGUUGUGGGGCAUUUUAGUUUAGUUGUUUUGUCCGGCGCCGCGAUCCCAUUACCCUUUUAUAUAUAUAGAUUUUAUUUGAAUUUUUAUUUUUUGCCGGUUUGAUUGAGUUCUGGUUAACUGAGCGUCGACUGUGUAUAGGCACACAUUUUGGAGACUUCCAGAUGCUUUUGAAGAGACACAAAACAAUGCAAAUCCAGGGUUUUUUUUAGAGGACAUGGAGAGCUCGGAAGUGCUUUGCCAAUUUUGCCGCUGCGUUGAAAGAACCAAGCUUGAGAAGAAGCAAAGAAACUGGAUUCUUUGGUAUCCAUUUGGUAUCCAAACCUGGCCUGGGGUUUAUGGACGAGACCCAGUUUUCCUGCCAUGUAAACAAACAAACAAACAAAGCGAGACCUAAGAAGAGCCUUAAACCCAACACUUGGCUGCAUGCUUUUUCCAGGCCACGCUCCUUAUGUAGUUCUGCCCCGUGGAAUUGUAACGGGGUUUAUUUCUGGGUAAAUGCAUAUGAGAUUUGCACUGUAUCCGUCUCACUUGUGGGCACUUUUCCCCUCUUUUUUUAUGCGGAAAGAACGAACGAAAAGACACAACAGAAGGGUUGUCCGAGGGGGGGGAAAAUGUUGUGCUACAAUAAAACACAUCAUGCCGAAGGCCUAAAAGAAAUGGAGAUCGAGCACCUCUUAUCCAAAAGGCUCCAAAUUUUGCAAAUAUUGCAUCUUAGAUAUUUACCUGGUGGCACAGCGGGUUAAACCACGGAGCUGCUGAACUUAUAAUAAUAAUGAUGUUUAUUUGUAUCCUGCCACCAUCUCCCCCGGAAAGGACUCGGGGCAGCUCACAGAAAUAUCAGAUACAAAACAAUAACAAUGUACAAUACAUCAAUAAACAAUAACAAUAA